CUUUCCCAGGACCAAUGAAAAAAAAUGUAGAAAGAUUGCUGACGAUAGCUAUAGUAGUUUUGUAAAAGUUAAUCGCGAACGAACAAACAAACACACAUUCUUUAUGUAUAGAUAGAUUAAAUUCCAUCUGCAAUUGCCGGGAUUUGCUUAUGACUGGCUUAGGAUUCUGGCUUGACCGAGCGAAUUUGUUUCCAGAGAUGUCAAGAAACUAUCGACCCAAGUAAAUACGGAGCUGCCUAUUGUGCCAAAGCACUCAUUCGACCCAAAAAAAAAAAAAAAAAAAAAAAAAGGUGCGCUCUAAAUGAGCAAGAAUAAAAGCAAAUCGUGUUCAAAUUUCACGGUCGCCCAUUUGAACAAGGUGCUCACGCAACAACCCCGAAAGUCACCCAAGAUCCUGCUCUCUUCAGAAGGUCGUAUAUAAGCCUUCUGACGCAGAAAUACAGCAAAACCAGAGGAAGAAACCCCAAAGAUGUUGAAAUUGGUACUGCUGUCUUCCUUCCUCCCUCUAAUCCGGACUCAACAUGACAACAGCUUUCAACAGUCUUUCUAUCACAACUUUGUGCCAUACCAGAACACAUUUCCGCCAUCAACGAUCUAUAACCAGUAUUCCAACUCCGAAGUCACGGCAAAAUUCGAUGACGGCCUUAACAGGGAUCAUUUCAACUCGCUGCACGGAGGACACCAGGACAGACACCCUCAGAAGGAAGGAACGCACACAGAACCUGCCAGACAAAACAUGAGAAACACAGAAAGAGGUUUCGAAAAUCGUUUGGACAAGACAACACAGCGACAGAAACUGAAUAAGCCGCGAAAACAACACUCGCAAAGGGAGGACAGCAGAAACGGACCUUUGAGGCUCGAUCGAGAACGAGAAGGUUACAGGCAACAGGAAAAUUUACUCGUCGACGAUAAAACUUCCGUGGUACCCUACACAAAGAGAAGCCCCAGAAUAGUGCAGUAUGUUGCAGUUUCAGAAAGCAUGAGAAAUGCUCAGGGGACACUGCAUUAA